GGUGCGUGUUGAUGUAUUUGUGUCCCACCGAAUUGAUAGUUAAAGCAGAAUAUACGGAGGAGGAGUGCAAAACGGGUGCUCAACGAGGAGGAGUGUCCUCAUGAAGUGAGAAGUACUAAUAAAGAUACGUCGCCGUUACUACAUGAACGUCUUAGAGCAGUAUCAAAUGAUGCGAAACAGGUGCUCAACGAGGAGGUCAUGAGUAGACGAUCCACAGAGUUAAGCCAAGAGUUGACUCUUCUUGACCUUAGUGAUAAUAAGCAUAUGAGUUGGGAGGAAUUCAACGAGAAAGUUAUUACACUAAAGGCUUCCUUUGCUCAAACAUGUGUAUUUUUUUUGAAUAGUGCAAGCAAGGAUGAUCUAAAGAAGUUAAAGGGCAUAGGAGAUAAGACGGCUGCAUACAUUGUGGAGCUUCGUAAAAAAUCUCCACGUUAUUUUAGAUCACUAUCAGAUUUGCAAAAGCAUGGCCCCCUAUUCAGCAUUGGUGGUAGAUCUCAUGGUCAAAUAUUUUGUCACUGAUCUUCUCUGCCAACUACCAUAAGCACUAAUAUUAUACCCGUGUGAUGCACAAUUUUAAAAGAAGAUAUUUAAGGGUGGUCGUUGAAGCUCACUAUGGGGAAUCUUUUCUUCCGAGUGUUUUGGCACCUGCUUCAAAUGCACAAAUUAUUCGGGAGCAGCAUAAUAGGGUAAUGAGUAUAAAGAGAGCAAAAAACCAUUAAGUAGUUAUUUACGUAGAAUAUGCAAGAAACCAUGUAAGCACAUAUGGAGCAUGUUUUUUAGAUCUUUCUUUUUUGAGUAUGUUC